GGGAGGGCGCUCCCGGUGCCGCUCCCGGUGCCGGUCCCGGUCCUGGUUCUGCUCCCGGUCCCGGUGGCCCCGGAGUGCCGUUCCCGGUGGCACCAUGAGCUCCGAGACGCUCGUCAAGGACGUCAAACCGGGGCUCAAGAACCUGAACCUGAUCUUCAUCGUGCUGGAGACCGGCCGGGUGACCAAGACCAAGGACGGGCACGAGGUGCGCACGUGCAAAGUGGCCGACAAGACCGGGAGCAUCAACAUCUCUGUGUGGGACGAUGUGGGGAACCUGAUCCAGCCCGGGGACAUCAUCCGCCUCACCAAGGGGUACGCGUCGGUGUUCAAGGGCUGCCUGACGCUGUACACGGGCAGGGGGGGAGACCUGCAGAAAAUCGGAGAGUUCUGCAUGGUUUAUUCCGAGGUUCCCAAUUUCAGCGAGCCCAACCCCGAGUACGUGGCACAGCAGGCUCAGGGCAAGGGGGCCCCGCCCGACUCCGCGGCCCCGGCAGCGCCCCCGCCCCCCCCGGGCCCCCCCGCGGCCCCCCCAGCCCCCGAGUCCCAGAACGGGGCCGGGCUGGGCCCCCCCGCGCACCCCCCGAGCGGCCGCAGCACCCGGAGCCAGCCCGGGCCCGUCAGCAACGGCAAAGAGACCCGGCGGAGCGGCAAGAGAUAGCGGGGCCGGGCCGGGCCGGGACAGAACCGGGACAGAACCGGAACCCCCCGGAGACACCCCCGGGACGGACCGGGACAGACCCGGGACAGCCCCCCAGAAACCCCCGGGACACUCCGGGAUACCCCUCAAACCCCCGGGACAGACCCGGGACAGAACCAGAACCCCCGGGACAGACCGGGACACCCCCCGGGACAGACCCGGGACGGACCGGGAACACCCCUCAAACCCCCGGGACACCCGGGAUACCUCCGGAACCCCCCCAGAAACCCCCGGGGCAGAACCAGGACAGACCGGGAACACUGCCCGAACCCUCCCAGAAACCCCCUGGACACCCGGGAUACCCCUCAAACCCCUGGGACAGACCCGGGACAGCCCCAGAAACCCCCGAGAAAGACCGGGACAGACCGGGAACACUGCCCGAAACCCCCCGGGACAGACCCGGGAACACCUCCCGAACCCCCCCGGGACAGACCCGGGAACACUGCCCGAACCCACCCAGAAAACCCCGGGACACUCCGGGAACACCCCCUGGACACCCGGGAAACCCCUCAAACCCCCGGGACAGACCCGGGACAGACCCGGAACCCCCGGGACACACCGGGACACCCCCCGGGACAGACCCGGGAACACCUCCCGAACCCUCCCAGAAACGCCGCGACACCCGGGACACCCCUCAAACCCCCCCGGGACAGAUCAGGACCCUCCGGGAACCCCCCCAGAAACCCCCGGGACAGAACCGGGACCCCCCCGAGACACCCCCCGGAACCGCCUGGAACACCCCGGAGCCACCUGGGACCCCCCAGAGACCCCCGGGAUCCCCUCGGGAAUCCCCCUGGAACCUCCCCCGAACCCCCCCAGAACUGCCCAGAGCCACCGGGGACGUCCCGGAAACCCCCCCGGACCCCCUGGACACCCCCGGAACCACCUGGAACCUCCCGAAGCCCCCCCGGGAACCCCCCGGAGCCUCCUGGAUCCCCCCCAGAACCCCCCGGACCCUCCCGGGACCCCCCCCGGAACCCCCCCAGCCCCGCCACCACCGGGGGGCGAGCAGGGAGUGCCCGGUGUCCCCCCCCGGUGUCCCCCCCUCAACUCUCCGGUGGUCCCGGGGGUCUCCAACCUCUCCCCCCCACUCCGGUGGUCCCGGGGGUCUCCCCGUGCCCCCCCCGGUUAAUAAAGCACCGAGCUCUG